AUGGUUCUUCACAACCCCAACAACUGGCACUGGGUCAACAAGGACGUGCGGGAAUGGGCCAGGGAGUGGUUUACCAAGAAUGCGUGCACACUCGAGGCCAAGCAGGGCGAUGUCGAGGCCAAGAUCUCCAAACUGACUUCCAUGGACGGUGAUGUCGACGUGAGCCAGCGUAAGGGCAAGGUAAUCACCAUUUUUGACGUGAAGGUCGUCCUCGAGUAUACUGGGUCUGCCCCCGAUGCGGACGACGUAUCUGGUAGCAUCACCAUCCCCGAGGUCGCCCAUGACACCGAGGAGGAUGAAUACGUGUUCGAUGUCGACAUUUUCGCCGAGUCGAAGGAGAAGCAGCCCGUGAAGGACCUCGUCCGAAGUAAGCUCGUGCCCCAGCUCCGCCAGACCUUCCAGAAGCUCGCCAGCGAUCUCAUCGCCGAGCACGGCAAGGACAUCCAGCACGCCGAGGGCAGCAACCCCUCCGGCGGCUUCGCUCCCGCCAAGGUCCACCCCCAGAAGGCCGGCGACGGCGCCUCGUCCCAGGCCGCCAGCUCCCAGACCAGCGCGGGCGGCACUGUAAACACCACGACCGUGACGGACAACGAGGAGUUCCGCACGACCGCCGAGGAGGCCUACCAGACCUUCGUCGACCCCGCCCGCAUCGCCGCCUUCACCCGCUCCCCGCCCAAGCUGUUCGAGGGCGCCAGGGAGGGCGGCAAGUUCGAGCUGUUCGGAGGCAACGUCUCCGGGGAGUACCUCGAGCUGGAGAAGAACAAGAAGAUUGUCCAGAGCUGGCGCCUGAGCCAGUGGCCCGCCGGCCACUACUCCACCCUCAAGAUCGAGUUCGACCAGAACGACGUCGACCACGUCACUAUCAUGCGGGUUACCUGGGACGGCGUCCCGGUUGGCCAGGAGGAGGUGACCAAGAGGAACUGGGUCGAAUACUACGUCAAGAGCAUCAAGCAAACCUUUGGGUGA